UAUACUGGAAUCAGCUUGUCCGUCCGGCCGUCCGUCCGGCCGUCCGUCCGUCCGUUCGUCGGUUUUUUCUUGUCCGCCCAAUAACUUAAGAUUCCUUUGACCCUUAGUCUUCAUAUUUGGCAUGGAGGUUAGUCAUGAUUAGUAGAUGACCCCUAUUGAUUUUGAGGUCACUAAGUCAAAUGUCAAGGUCACAGGGGCCUUGACUUCAAAAAGCUUGUCCGCCCAAUAACUUAAGAUUCCUUUGACCCUUAGUCUUCAUAUUUGGCAUGGAGGUUAGUCAUGAUUAGAAGAUGACCCCUAUUGAUUUUGAGGUCACUAGGUCAAAGGUCAAGGUCACAGGGGCCUUGACUUGAAAAAGCUUGUCUGCCCAAUAACUUAAGAUUCCUUUGACCUACAGUCUUCAUAUUUGGCAUGGAGGUUAGUCAUGAUUAGUAGAUGACCCCUAUUGAUUUUGAUGUCACCAGGUCAAAGGUCAAGGUCACAGGGGCCUUGACUUCAAAAAGCUUGUCCGCCCAUUAACUUAAGAUUCCUUUGACCUAAAGUCGUCAUAUUUGGCAUGGAGGUUAGUCAUGAUUAGUAGAUGACCCCUAUUGAUUUUGAGGUCACCAGGUCAAAGGUCAAGGUCACAGGGACUUUGACUUCAAAAACUUUGUCUGCCCAAUAACUUUAGAUUCCUUUGACCCACAGUCUUCAUAUUUGGCAUCGAUGUUGAUCAUGAUUAGUAGAUGACCGCUUUUGAUUUUGAGGUCACUGGAUCAAAGGUCAAGGUCAUAGGGACUUUGACUUCAAAAAGUUUGUCUACCCAUUAACUUAAGAUUCCUUUGACCCACAGUCUUCAUAUUUGGUAUGGAUGUUGAUCAUGACUAUAAGGUGACCCCUAUUGAUUUUGAGGUCACUGGGUCAAAGGUCAAGGUCACAGGGACCUUGACAAAAAAAAGCUUUUCUUCUCAAUUGCGAAAGAAUGUCCUGUCCGCAAUGUAUUGAUUUUGACAUUUUCACAUUUGAAGCAUGUAGAAUACAUAACUUAGCAAUGCACUGGCUUAGUAACCUCAGAUUUGGCAGGGAGGUUGUCCUUGAGCUCUAAAUGGCCACUGUUGAUUCUGACAAAGUGGUAUGCGGGGGUAUUCAAGCCAUGAUAGUGGCAGUUCUAGUUUAUGUGGAAAAAAAUUAUUAAAUUCCUUUGAAGGGGUAAAAUGUGGGGCUGUCUAUGUCACAGAUGAGGACAAGACUAAAACAGUUACCAAAAAUGUGAUAUCAUUGUCAUCCGCAUCAGAAGAAAAGAAGAAACAGAAAUCUUCCAAAUACACUGUUGCCAUUGGUUCAAGUUUUGGUCAUGUUCACUCAUUUUUGAAGGACUCAGACAAUGUUUUAAAAUCUUAUGAGAAAACCCAAGCUGAAGACAAAUGUUUGCUGCUGAUAAGAAAACCAAAGUCUGCAUCCAAACAGAGUUUUUUCUCCUUAAAGAUGUUGAAGGCACAUUCCUGGGCAGAUGUCAGUGUGAAAGACAUGCACCUACGUCAACCUGAUGGUUCCCUCAAACAUGAUCCUUAUAAAGCUUUCAAAGACCGGUUUAAGAAGAAAACAGACCUAAGUCUACCUCCAGAAGAAUGGAAUACUCUAGCUAGUCAGAGUGCUCCUUUUAAAGGACCAACAGCCAAUCAGAGCUCUUCUUUCAAAUCCCAAUCUUCAGCAGACGACAGAAAGGAAGUGAAUAAAAAUGACAUAGUGUCUAAUAAACCUCGUUCUGAAGACAUUCCUAACUUAUCUAAUUCUUACCCAUAUAUAAAGAAAGGAAAUAGACAUAUAUCUCAGAGUUUAGCUGAUUUGACCGAAUCUGGUCAAGAAAUUAACAAUAAUAAAAAUAUGGGUGGAGCUUUCAGUCAAGGUCACGCCCAUGGAAGGCCUAAAGGACCGCCUCCUGCUGUUCCUCCAAGAACUAAUGCUAGUGAUAUAGAGAAAUAUAAUAAAAAUCUACAGCGUUCACAAAGCGGAGAUAAUCUGAACUCCUCGCACAAUAAAAACACAAAUUAUGAAAGAACUGAGAAUAAACCAGAUAUUAUAUCUAAUGUAAAUGUAAGGCAAAGUCCUGGUGAUAAAAUUAGGGAUACAAGGCCAGAAGAAACUCUGCAAAUGAGAAUGAAACAUGAUUCAGGAUUUCAUAGUGAGGCUCCGUUAUCUAGUGAUGAAAUGUACGAUUCUGGAUUUAAACAAGAUUUAAGUAAGAGUGUGCAGAACGGAAAUCAUAUGACCAGUUCCCCUAAAUCUGCCAGACGGCAACAGAAUAGCAAUAGAAAUAUGCCCAGACAUAAUUCAGAUCCUAGGCAACAAAAUGUUCCAAGUGAGCAUGAAUAUCGUUCCAAGGGACCAAGCCCAGGCAAUUACAAAAAUAAAGGACCAAGUCCUGGAAAUAAAGACAUUAGAUCCCAAGUCAAACAAUUGGAAUCUGCGGAUUCUAGACAAGUGCAAAGGAAUCAGAGUAAUGGUUCAGAGAAUAGAAAUAGACAGAAUGAACAAGGAAGGGUUAGAAAUGUACCAGGGGGUCAGUUUUAUCCCGAUGGCAACAGGAAUCGACCAGUUGAACAAAAACAGACAAGUUCUGAUUCAAGAAACCAACAGUCAUAUCGUCAGGGUGGUACAACUGGGUCCAAACAACAUGAAAACAGACCUAGAUCUUCUGAGAAAAUAGUGCAAAGACGGUCAAAUGAAUUCAGGGAUAGAAAAUCUUUGCUUGAUGUUAGGGAAGGUCAUGUUUUGACAAUUGACAAUAAAGAAUCUGUGAUAAAGGCUCAUUCUUUGGGGGACCUAAGUACGGGUUGUGCUUUCUCUUUGGUUGGUCAAAAGAAACCGGAUGUUCCAGGAAAUGAGCCUGUGCUGGAAUUCACAGGGACACAGUUGAUGAGGCAUAUAAGAAAUUAUAAAGAAAUGGCCUCAAAUGGUAGUGGUGGAAGUUUACCAUUCAGAGGUAAAACUCUAGAUGACAUGGACACUUACAAACAGUAUUACGGUGAUGGACAACCAUCUACCAACGGCAAUAACGCUAAUAAACUGAAGCAUUAUGGGUCUUUGCAACAUUUACCAAUGUCUGUGGAAACAAAUAAACAACAGAGUGGUUAUAACCAGCCAGUUCCUGUGAGACAUAGAGAGAAAACUCCUCUAAAGCCACGAAGAUGUUUGCCCCAACCUCCAGGCGACGUUCAAGUGAAGAAAAAACAGAUGACCGAUAUAAUGAUCAACAGAAUGGGCGUGGACAGCAGUAGCACUAGCCCAAGUUCUAGUAAUUCUAACAGGGAUGGUUCGAUUGAACCAAGACCAGGCGGAAUAAGUGCAACUCCGUCAGUGUCUGACCGUGAAGUUUUUGACUUACUCCAUAGCAGCAAAACUGAUUUAGGAUGGAAUAUGCAAGGUGUUAGAAAUGUGUGCAAUAUUAAUAGUAAUAAUAAUCACAAUAAUAGUAGUAGUAGUAGUAAAAAACAAACUCCUGCCUCACAAGUACCUCCUAGUUAUGGUGACACAAUGCAUAAUGCUCUACGCAAAUCUGGGUCAUUCGGGUCACAUGAACAUGGAAAUGUGCCGCCCUCUGGUGGCAGACUCAGUGAUUCUGGGCAGACGACUUUAACAUCUCAAAGUACAAUUGAUUCAGGAUAUAUAACAAAUGACCCUGACCCAGAAACAUUAUCUACCUCAUCCUAUGCCAAAACAUUAAAACAGUCCGCUCAUAAUAUGUACACUUCUCAUAAACUUUAUAAACCGACAAAGGGAGACCACUCUCAAAAACAACCCACAAGUUCCAAGGGAGACCAUUCUAAUAGUUCUUAUAUAAAUCCAUAUAAUCAAAAACAUGCUAAAGAUUCCCAUACAAGAAAUUGGGUAGAAAAUCAUCAAGGAACUUAUAUGAGUGAUCAUUUGAAACUUCAUUUACAGCCAGUUCCAAGUAAUGAAAAAUUAAAUAAUAACAGCAAUGAUAAGAUGGACAAGAAUAACAAUAGACACCCCAAAAUUCCAGAAAAUAAAGUGACAGAAUUAGACCUUACACAGAAUGCCCCAAUAAAGCCAGAGCGAACCUUUCAGUAUGGGAAACAAACUUUGGCAUAUCAUAAAUCGGAAGUAUCGUACAAAGACCUAGAAAAACGGAAUCAGGACCAGAACCAAUUAACGUGUAAAUCUAAGGGAAAAUCUAUUUCCAUGGCGCAAGGAUUAAACCUUAUUAACAGUAGCUCAGAGCCUCCGAUUGGUGGUUUCUUGUCGAAGUCUCAGCCAAAGUUUACUGGUUCAUUAAAAGACUUGAUAGGCACUGAUAAACAAAUAGUGCCAAUAGAAACUCUGAAACUAGAAAGUGCCAAUUCUACAAACACUCUUCCUGGCAGCUGGAAAUUCCAGGCACAGACUCGCCCAGAGUGUAGUUUGAAAUUUUUUGGAAAACCAAGUUUGUUUCAGUUACUUCAAAACUAUUCUAUGUACGCAGUACGGGUUCAAAUUCCGGACAAUUUUGUGAUAAUGGAAAAUGUUAAACUUAAAGAGUGCGAGGUAUUGUUACCUUCACCUUGGUUAUUCGGGAAAGACACAUCCUCGCCUCUCAGUCCAAAAGGAAGUUACGCAAAAUUAGGAGGACCCAACAGUGCUUUCCGGCCAGUAUCUGUUGUUAAUACUUCACCAAUAAAAUCAGUUGCCAUGGUUACUAUUAUGGAAUUAACCAAUCAGAUGACAGGACUUAUUGAGUCAGGACAGCUUCAGAAAGGGGAUCUAAUUGUUGAGGUUAAUGAGAGACUUGUUAUGGGUGAAGACUUACCGACUUUGACAAAUGUAUUCCAAGCUUGCCAAGGAGAACUUCUGUUAACUAUUGCCAGGGACAGGGCAAGAGAUAACCAUCCAAUGAGAGAUAAAAACUCAACAUCCCCAACAGACGAAGAUUUCCGCAGAAUGGAACAAAAAAUUAAUGAACUUACAACUGAACUUCGCAAAAAAGACCGCACUUUGAAGCAGCUGAGUGCCUUGUUGCCAUGGCCACUACCUUCAUCAAAGGGAAAGAACUCUAGUGGGAAAGAUGAUGAAGCGUAUGUGUGUUCUCUGAGUGAAGAUGAAUUCAUUGUGUGAAAUAGAAUUUGUUUAUUGUAUUUAUGUGUUAAUUAUCAUGUUAGUACAGAAAUCUUAGGACAGUUCGUUAUAUUCUGGAUUUAAACACAUCAGGCGUUCCUGAUAUAUUGGAUUUUAACACAUCAGGCGUCCGCAAUAUCCUGGAUUUUAACUCAUCAGGCUUUCGUGAUAUACUGGAUUUUAACACAUCAGACAUUCGUGAUAUACUGGAUUUUUAACUAAUCAGGCAUUCGUGAACUACUGAACUUAAAGUCCUCAGAAGUUCGUGAUAUGCUGGAUUUUAACUCAUCAGGCGUUUGUGAACUACUGAACUUAAAGUCCUCAGAUGUUCGUGAUAUAUUGGAUUUCAACACAUCAGACGUUCAUGAUAGACUGGAUUUAAAUUCACUAGCCAUUCGUGAUAUACUGGAUUUAAACACGUUAGGCGUUCGUGAUAUUCUUGAUUUUUUCUUAUCAGACGUUUGUGAUAUACUGGAUUUUAACACAUCAGGCGUUCGUGAUAUACUGGAUUUUAACACAUCAGGCAUUCGUGAUAUACUAUAUUCAAACCAUCAGGGGUUCGUGAUAUACUGUAUUCAAACCAUCAGCCGUUCGUGAUAUUCUUGAUUUUUUCUUAUCAGCCGUUUGUGACAUACUGGAUUUUAACACAUCAGGCGUUCGUGAUAUACUGGAUUUUAACACAUCAGGCGUUCGUGAUAUACUAUAUUCAAACCAUCAGGGGUUCGUGAUAUACUGUAUUAGAACCAUCAGGCGUUCGUGAUGUAGUUGAUUUUAACACAUCAGGCUUUCGGGAUAUACUUGAUUGUAACACAUCAGGCGUUCGUGGUGAUAUACUGGAUUUUAUUACAUCAAGGGUUCAUGAUAUACUAUAUUUUAAACUCAUCAGGCCUUCGGGACAUACUUAAUAAAACUCAUUAGACCUCAAAAAUGUCAGAUUUUUUUACAGUCAUUAUUUUAUAAGGGAGAUGAAGAUUUUAAGGAAGUGAAUUAUCUCACUUAGCAAUGGUUAGUGUCAAGAAUUGAAACAAAUUGCAGAUGCAACACACUGUUUGUUUUGUUAAAGCACUGAUUUGGAAUCAAGAACUAUUAACUGUGUCAGGGCAUUUGUAUUGCUACUUACAUGUAUAUGACUUGGCCUUUGUUUUUUGGCAACAUCUUGAAUAAAAUAGUAAUAUUUACACAGUAUAUUGAUCGGAAAUUGUAUUUGUCUCCAGUCUAUUUAACCAGCCUAGGACAUCACGAUACAAGGACGCUUCAGGUGUGUUUUGUUCCAUUCUGAGCCGAAAAUAAAAAAUGCAUCAAGAUAGUCUUACAAUUUUAAACAUUUUUGAAUUCAGAUUGUUUUCUUCAAAUAUAACUUACAGUAUUAAAGCCAAAGUUGGCUACGUCUGGGACAUACGAUAAUUAUCGUAUGUCCCAGGCUACGUGACUGACGUCAUUUGGGGUCAUCCUGAGAAAUAGGAAGCCCUCGUAUUCAAUACAAAAUUUAUUUCUGUGGAGAUCAUAUUUGUGACACAUGCAGUAAUUGUAUAGCAAAAUAUAUAAGUCUACAUGUAUAGAAUAAUAUCAAAUAUCGUAAUUUCUCGUCAAACAAGUUUGGAUGACGUCGUGCAGUCUAUUCUAAAAAAAAUCCUAUUCAUAUGUACAGUAUAUAGAGUAUAUUUAGCAUUGAAAUAUUUAUAAAUUUGAACAGUUUUGUUAGGGCUGUGCCUUCUAUGUGGGUUUUACAAAUUGUAAUGCCAUUAAAGUUUUUAUGAUACAAAAAAUAAACUAGAAUGAUUAUAUUUA